CAAAGACUUUAUGAAACGUGUAAAUCUUUUUGAGGGGAAAGAAAUAGUUAAUCAGUUGGAAAAAUUUAUACCAAACCGAAUCUAAUUGGGAGACUGAAUCCCAGUCCAAAAAUGGACCUGUCCGGUCCAAUUUUUACCAGGUUUUUGGGUAAUAAUGCAGCGCCCUACAUAGAGCAGGCACACGAUUUCCACCUUUGUCGUAAGCUAAGUUGCCAACAUCUUAGGGUUAGAGUCUUUGGGCCAUUGAUAACUUGGUUUGACAUCAUACUGUGCGAUUACUGCUCUUAGUUUCAUCAUGUUUAAUGAGCUUAAAGAAUGGCUGCACAAUAUAUAGGAUCUCUGGUCCAUUUCAAAGCAUGCUUAUGCAUUUCCUUGUGUCAUAUGCUUCUUGAGCAAUUCUUUCAACUUCAGAUUCAGUCUUAGAAAUUAAGUUGAUUUGCUGACAAGAAAAUCUGCUGGACCCCUAAUGAACCAACUGAGAAAAAUUCAUGCCCACACCCUGAGAAACGGUCUGAAUUUUACUAAAUUCUUGAUAAAUAAACUCCUUGAGAUACCAAAUAUCCCUUAUGCCCACAAGCUGCUUGACAAUACUCCUAACCCAACGAUCUUCCUAUACAACAAGCUCAUUCAGGCCUACUCUUCUGAUGGCCCUCACGUUCAUUGUUUGUCUCUCUACAUCCAAAUGUGCCGGCAAGGUUGCUCCCCAAAUGAACACACUUUCACCUUCCUCUUCGUUGCUUGUGCUAGCCUUUCAAGUCUUAGAUUGGGUCAAAUGUUGCAUUCGGAUUUCAUCAAGCAUGGGUGUCAGUGUGAUAUAUUUGCAUUAACUGCAUUGGUUAACAUGUAUGCUAAAACGGGCUCAGUUAGUUUGGCACGAAGGCAGUUUGAUGAGAUGAAAGUAAGGGAUGUACCCACAUGGAACUCACUGAUUGCUGGUUAUGUCAAGAGUGGGGAUAUGGAGGAAGCUUUGUAUUUGUUUUCAAAAAUGCCUUCAAGGAAUGUGAUAUCUUGGACUUCAAUAAUAUCUGGUUAUGCCCAAAACGGUCAGUAUGGGGAUGCUCUGGCUAUGUAUAGACAACUGGAGAAGGAGAAUGGUGUGAGGCCAAAUCAAGUGACAAUAGCCAGUGUUCUUCCGGCUUGUGCAAAUCUUGGCGCUUUAGAGGCUGGGCAGAAGAUCGAGGCUUACGCAAGGGAAAAUGGUUUCAUCAAGAAUAUGUUUGUUUGUAACGCCGUACUUGAAUUGUACUCAAAAUGUGGCAAACUUGAGACAGCAAUGGAAGUAUUUUUCGAGAUGGGUCAGAGGAGAAACUUGUGCUCUUGGAAUACUAUGAUCAUGGGUUUAGCCAUCCAUGGAAAAGGCAAUGAAGCACUCAGUCUCUUCAACCAAAUGUUGGAAGAAGGAAUUUCACCGGAUGAUGUUACAUUCGUAGGAGCAAUCAUGGCAUGCACACAUGCUGGAGGCAUGGUUGCAAGAGGAUGGGAUAUCUUCAAGUCCAUGGAACGAAAAUUUCACAUUGCUCCUAAACUGGAGCAUUACGGAUGCAUGGUUGAUCUUUUAGGGCGUGCGGGGAAUUUGGAAGAAGCUUAUGAUCUCAUACAGAGCAUGCCCAUGAAACCCGAUUCUGUUGUUUGGGGGGCUCUGUUAGGAGGGUGCAGUUUUCACUACAAUGUUGAACUCGCAGAGAAAGCCGCGAAUUUCCUAUCUGAAUUGGAGCCGUGGAAUCCGGGAAACUAUGUCAUUCUUUCAAACAUAUAUGCAAGGGCAGGGAGGUGGGAUGGCGUGGUGCGUCUACGCAAACUGAUGAAGGGGUCCCACAUCCGAAAGGCUGCAGGUUACAGUUUCAUUGAAGGAGGAGGGCGAAUUCACAAGUUUAUAGUUGAGGAUAAGUCACACCCAAGUUUUAAUGAGGUAUAUGCACUCCUUGAUGAAAUCAUAGCCAAGUGUAGAUCUUUUGUAAAUGGAAUCUAUAUUGAUUCUGAUUUUGUUAUUGAAUAAGAAGAGCUAGUAGAUCACAUUUUUUUGUUUUGUUAUGCUUAGAGAAUGUUAAUCAACCAAAAUCCAUCUCAGCGUCCUGUAUGGAUAUGACUGCCCUUUUUUAUGAGGGCCGUAGUAGCCUUUUGAGCGCCGAAGACUACACUUAGGCCUCGUUUGGUACACGGAAUUCAAACUAUGGAAUUGGAAUUGAAGACCUCAAUUCCAAUUCUGGUGUUUGGCAGCACAAAAAUUAUAUGGAUUUGGAAUUGAUAGUGCAAAAAAUGAAUUGGAAUUGG